AUGUCGGAUGCGGGCCUUGCGAACGGCGGACCCUCCCCGGUGUCGACAGCCAAGGUGGCCCUCCGAGUCGACCUGCCAGCUGCAUCCGUAGCCGAAAACGCUGGCCUGGUUGAGCAUCUCACUACGUUCAUCAACUAUGCCUUCACGACGAGCGAGCAAGGCAUCUGGGACCUGGACAAGCCCAAGUUUGAGCGUCUUACCGCAGACAAGACACGGGAUCUGCUGAGGUCGCGAGAGCUCGCAUUCGUUUGGAGAGGCGACGCUCCGGACAUAGCAUCGGCGCUCGACAAGCUCGGUCCUCCGUGUGUGGUAGGGUCAGUCCGUCUGCAUUGGGCCGAGCCUCAAAUCGGCGACGUGAGCCUGGUGGCCUGCACCAACUCGGUUCGCGGACAGGGCGUGGGCCGUGCCAUAAUGCGCUUUGCCGAGGAGCAUUUCAAGCGGGAGGGCGGCAAGGCGGUGCAGAUCGAGCUGCUUGUGCCACAGGCCGCACCGCACCCGGAGAAGGUCAAGCUCGAUGCCUGGUACCAGCGGCUGGGAUUCGUCCCGAUCCGGAUGGAGGAGUUCCAUCUGCGAUACCCUCAUCUGGCCCCGCUCCUGGCUGGAGAGUGCUUGCUCAAGGUGUACGAGAAGCCUCUAUGA